GAUAACAGAAAAAAAAAAAUAAUACAUCACUAGUUUAAAAUUAUACUUCCACUCGCGUUAAUUAUUAUAAUACGACAAUUUACGCGUAAAUCGACGAUGGUGACUAAUUAAAUUGAUGUUAUUAUUCAGUCGUGUGUGUGUAUCGCGUCGUAUUGUACAUACAUAUAUUUUUUUUUAUUAUUGUUAUUAUUCAACGUUAUUUUGAUAAAUUAAUUUUCAUUUCUCGGCAAUUAUUGAACAAUAAGCAGCUCAGUGAUCCGGUUUCAGAUACAAAAGUUUUUCGACUUGGCUUGUACGAGCUUAUUAUUACGAAUACUCAACGCCGACAGGAUGGACGACGUUUGACACGAAAACAAUCUUUCACAAUAUACAUCAGCUAAAAACGGAGACAGUGAAUCUAUUGCAAACGAAGACUCAAUGAGCGACGUGAAUGAUGAAGUCAAAGCUGUUGGUGACAAAAGUAUUAAAGAGCACCAGGCGUCACCAAAAGUUGCUGAAGCUGACAUUCCAAUGACAUUUGUAGAGACUGAGCCCGAUUCAUUAGAACAUCAUAAAAAAAAUAACGAUAAUGAAGAAAAGGAAAGUGAUCCAUCGAAAGAGGACAAAAUGUUAACCACUGUGCGUCUGAUAGGUGAACCACUUGCUACGCAUGGGCCUUACACAUUUUAUAGUGCGUUAGCCUACCGUAAACACGACAACAUAACAAAAAAGAAGAGACGGCGAUGGAAAAAGUCUGUGAAAGGGGUGGACAAUAAAAGUGAUGACGCUGUCGAUUCUUAUGAUUCUUCGUCGUCAUGUUGUUGUGCCCAUAAUGAUGCAAGCAACAAUUUGUGUUUCUGUGAUGAUGGAUCGUCCUCGUCAUCAUCUCAUUCUGAAUGGUCUGUUGUGCGCAUGAAUCAUUUCUAUCCAGUUCGUCCAUGGUAUAGCAAGAGAAAUAGCAGUAAUAAUGACCGGCAGCAGCUGCGGCAGCGAAGACGUCAACAAAAAAAUUCUCCAAAAAUGUCUAAAACAACUACUGCGGCAGCAGAGAGGCGACAACAUCACUAUCAGCAAUCUGUUUGUAUUGGUGAAUUAGAGUUAUUAUGGCGUGACGACAGCGUGGUGACAUCAACAACAGCUCCAUCAUCUUCAUCUCAGCUCAAGAAACGUAAUAACAACAGAAUUGUGCCACCAGAGACUUCAAAUGGCGGCAGUGAUAGAACAGAUACUACAAUAAGCAGUAGUAACAUCCAUAGUGGUACUGUGGCCAGUUCAGAUGAUGAUGAUGUUGUUAGUGGUGGAUUUGAUGAUGAUUCAGCAACAUUAUUGCCGCGUCGUCGUACUUUGCCUAGACGCACUCGUCAGCCGUCAGCUAAAAAGCUUGAGGCUGCAGAAUCUUAUGCCGCAGUGGCAGCUGCAGCAUCGUCUGAUAACCAACUCUUGUCACAGUCACCAUACAACCGUAAUCGAUUAUCUACAGCUGUGCCAUCAGAUCCUACCUCUGUGAGUGUUCCACUAUUGUCACCCAACGCUCAGUAUAAUCAUGGAAACAUACUGUGUAGCAUUCGGUUAUAUGUGAUGCCUGAUCAGACGGCUGCUGGUCGACUUGGUGGUGUACAUGGUGAGGAUGAAGUGUUAGAGAUCAACACUUGGAGUGCCAACGGUGGUGCAGAUAGAUGGCCGAGUAACAUUUUUAUGAAUGGCAACAGUGGUGUAGGAUCUAUCUAUAAUGGCGGUGGUAGCGUUGAUGAUUAUGGUUAUGGUAGUGGAAGUCAUUCGUCAGGAACACUGCCAUCUGGCUGUUCAGGAUUAGUAUUGCGGGCCGAAGAUUUUGUUGAAUGGGUUCGUGGUGGACUGAUGAACGAUGAUGAUGAAAAUGAAGAUACUGAGUCUGACAAUGAGUCAUCAGAAUCAGAAUGUAAUGAAAACAGCUCUAAUGAUCAAAAAUCUAACAACAUAGAAACUUUAAAACCUAAGGAUGAACAAAUAUCAGAACUAACAUCAUUAGUAACGGACAUAAAGGGUGAUGUAAUAAAACAAUGCCAGAAAGAAAAUUUAAAAACUUGCAAUGAUGAUAUAAACAGUAAAGUGAAAUUAGAAUCGAACCUGACCAAAGAUGUAGUAAUAAAAGAAGAAUUACUAUCUGUAAAUCCAGUAGAAGUAAAAAAGGAACAAGAAGAUCCAACUGCAGCUGUUGAAUCAGUAGAUAAUGGUAGUAAAACAAUAAAGCAAAACCUUGACAGUAGUGACAAUAAUAAAUAUCACUUAAAAUAUACUGUUGACGAAGCUGUAGACGCAGAACAUGUUCCCUUGGCUGCAGCUAGAAUUCACAAUAAGCACUGUGAGCCUUACCAUCAUCAGCACUGCCAUCGUAAACGCAAUCAUUUAAAGCAUGGGUCAUUGGUUAAUGGUGAUAGCACAAGUACUGUUACUAAGAAAAAUGAUCAUCUCCAUAAUAAUGUAUCAGAGGGAGUAAAUAAAGCAGAAAAAAAACAGGACAAUGAUCAAAAAUGCUGCUGCUAUUGUUGUAAACGUCGUAAAAGUUACCAACGUAAUGACAAAAUAAUGAAAAGCAAUGUCAUUGGGGGUAAUAGUAUAAAACAACGAUUAGUGGUAAUGAGCUACUCUAGAUACUGCCGAUAUAGAGCACAAUUGCAACGUAAGCGUGAAGAGCAAAUGAACGAAGAAAGUUCUGCUAUUGUCAUAGAUAAUGAUAAAGAAAAGUUGAAGACACCUACAUACAGUGGAGUAGAUUCUAUGAUCCGAGUUUUAUUUUGUCGAGACACGUAUGAUUAUCCAGCUGAACUUUUGUUAGAACCUUUUAAUGCACAACAUAACCAUCAGCAAAAUACUGCAGUGUUGGUCAACCACAUGGCGCCUAAACUCAAAGGCUGGCCUUCUCAUCCAGCAUCUUGGAUGUCAUUCCGGUGGAACCGAGUACGCCGUCGGUUACGUCACUUGGAACGUGGUGGUGACAGCAAUGAUGACCGGCGUAGGCGUCAUCGACGCCGAAAGCUUAAGAAGAAAUGUAGUCGACAACAAAAUGAAGCCAGUGGAGCGACAGUGGGAAUGAAUUAUUCAUCGUCAACCGAUGACGAUGACUCAGACGAAUCGGAUUCAGAUGAUGCGUCUUCUGCGACAAACGAUGCUGCCACUAAUUCUACUACCGAUGCUUCUACCUCAGAUUCAGAUAGUGUACCACCUCCAUCAACAGUAGUAUCUAAACCUGCCAAUAAGAAUAACUCUACCACAAAAGUUAACAUUCAUCAUAACAACAAAAAAACUAUAUCAACAACAUCUACCGGAAACAUGAUUGUCAUUAAUGGUGCUACUACUGUAUCUGCAGCUAUAAUUAACAAGCGCCCAGCGACAGCUGUCGGGCAAUCUGGUCAACAACAACCGACUAAACGUCGCCGCGUGGUUUAUACCACAGAACAACUUCAGAAUCAACAACCUCGAGUAAUUUACCCGCAGCAGCAAUCACAUCCGAGACCUAAACAGCCACAACAACAGCAACAGUCAACUCACCGUUCUAAACAAUUAGAACAAUUACAUCAGCUUAGUCAAUCUCAGCGUCAACAGCACAUCAUCUCUGCACAACAACAACAACAACAAAGAUUACAGCCGUUAAACAGACGACUGCCUCCACCUAUUUCGUCGUUACAAUCUUCAACAACUAGAAUAAUACAUCAUCACCUACCACCUUCUGUAUCUAUCAUGCCAGUCAUAGUCCCUUCUAAUAAUAGUUCUCCUCAUCAACAACUACAAAGAUUUAAUAAUCGACUACAAAACCGGCAAAAAAUUCAUGCUACAACUACAGUUUUACCGGUCACUUCUCAGCGAAGAAAUAACAUUGAACGACAACAAACACAACUUCCACCUGUCAUAAUAGAAUACGACGAUAACGAUGACAACCGAGAAUAUGGAUCUGAUGAUAAUGGUCGAUACAAAAAAUCUACAGUUGCGGCAGCCAUGGCGGCUUGCCAAAGACGUGUUUCACGCCAACAUUUUAAUGAUGAACAAAGACAACAACGAGAAGAUGAAGAGAGGCAGCGUCGGUGGCUAGUAGAUGCUUUGCGAUUGGGUGGAUUGGAAGUAACAGCAGUACCUUUAAAUUCAACUGCCGGUAGUGGAAAUAGCGUCGGAAAAGAAGCUAGUGCUGCGGUAACUUCACAACAGCGUCGGCGGCGUGGUAUUUCAUUCGAAUCAUUGUUGUCUACUAACAAUGAAGACUUCAACGGUAGCGUUCGGAAUGAACCAUGCCACGGCGGUACUGACGAUGAUUCAAAUGUAGAUUCAGACACAGAUUCUGUAGUGAUGACCGUAACGCCUGAUGUUGUAUGCCUAUUAAACAAGUCUCAGCAACAUCAACAGCAAAUAUCUCAUCAAAGACAGACUUCGCCUGGAAGUGGUUCCACUUCAACAACCCCGGUAACAAUGAGUCAUCAACAGCAACGACGGCGGUCAGUUAACAUGAACCACAGUUCCAUUGGUGGCCAACAACAUACCGCAGCAGCGGCAGCAGCAGCAUUGCAUGACAAAAUAAAUCGUGCGAUUGAUUCGCUGAAACUACAACAGCAGCAACAAAAACCGCAUGAAGGCACACCAGUCAGUAAUAACACUAAUAAUGUAUUAUUGACCGGUGGUGUUAAUAAUAGAAAUCCUAUUGGUGACAAUAAUAGGCAACAUCAAAGACUGCGUAAAAAUGGUGGCAUAGUCCGGCAACAGCAGACAGCAACUCUACUGGACCUUACUGUUAAGCCAUCAACGGCACCAAACACCACAAGGCAACAGAGAUCAACAUCAACAAUUAUUAACAGUAACCUUCAAAAUCAACAAAACCGAAAAAGUCUAAUACCAUUCCAUUCUACUACUACUGCAGGACCAUCAACUGCUGCGACUAACUUAGAAAUCACAAUUGUACCUGUCACAACUUCUGUCUCUACCAAUUCGUUAAGGCUUCUAUCACAGCAGCAACAUAAACGUAGCUCGUCAACAGCAACCCAUAAUAGUUCGAUCAAUAGUUCUGCUACUACUUCUUUUGGUCCGAUGACAGUUAGGCAACAAUUACAACGUCGAAAUGCAACAGUAGUUUCAACAGCUUCUGCUUCAACAUCCAUCGUGGACAUGUUAUGUGGUAGCAGAAGUCGUAACCAUCAACAACGUAAUGGUAGUAGUAUGUCUAUUGCAACAACAUCUACUAUUACUACUACUACUACUUCUUCUUCAACUUCUAUGCAGCAAAAUCAGCAGCAAAUGCUCAUAAUGGCUGCUAAUGCAAUGGCUGCUCAACAGCAACAGAAAGUUGAUAAGCGAAAAUUACAACCAAAUAAAAAAGAUUAAGAUGAUCAUCCACUAAUUGUUCACAGUGUCAAACAAUUGUUUUGAUAAUGGAGACAAAGCAAUUUUUUUUUUUUUUUUUAUGAAGUUUAAUUUAUUAAUGCAUACAUAUAUUAUGAUCAUAAUAUAUUAUGUCCUAUAAUUUUUAAGAAAACAUGCAUGUUAGAGUUAAGUAUAGUUUAUCUGGUUUAUUUUAUAUAAAAAUUGUAAACAAUGGUGUGUGUGUGUGUGUGUGUGUUUAUUUUG